UAUUAACUAAGUAUUAGUGGCCAGCAACGAGCCCUCCUAUUGAGCAAUUCCUUCACUUAACCCCGGAGCACUCAAAUCGACGGUAACCAUGCGGAGCUUGUGGCUAAAUACGUUGACCAAGCAGAGUCUAUAUAGGCUGAGUACCAAGAGGUACUCCACCAACGUUGAGCCCAAGGAGCCUGUAGUGAAAACCAAAUCGAUACCUGGCCCCAAAUCGAUUGAGCUUAAGAAGCAACUGGAUUCUGUUCAGGCCACCGGAACGAUACAAUUCUUCGCUGACUACGAGAAGUCCAUCGGAAACUACAUCUACGACGUGGAUGGCAACAUUCUACUAGAUGUCUACACCCAGAUUUCCUCAGUUCCAUUGGGUUACAACCACCCGAGGCUCUACAAGGUCUUCCACAAUGAGCAAAACCUGAAAACUUUGAUUAACCGACCUGCACUUGGUGUCUUCCCUGGCAAGGAAUGGCCGGAAAAACUGCACUCGGUUCUCUUGAACAUAGCUCCGAAAGGACUCAAUAAAAUCACAACCAUGAUGUGUGGAUCGUGCUCAAAUGAAAAUGCCUACAAGAGCAUCUUCAUAUGGUACCAGAACAAACUUCGUGGCAAUGCACCUCUUACCGAGCAGGAGAAGAACUCCUGCAUGAUUAACAUUCCCCCAGGAGCCCCGAAACUCAGUAUUCUCUCAUUCAAGGGAGCCUUCCAUGGGCGAACAUUGGGAGCCCUGUCCACCACACAUUCGAAGUACAUCCAUAAGCUGGACGUUCCAUCCUUCGACUGGCCCAUUGCCUCGUUUCCCGAGUACCGGUAUCCCCUGGACGAAAACGUGGCGCACAACAAGAAGGAGGAUGAAAAGUGCCUUAGCGAAGUGCAGGAUCUCAUUCAGCAGUACGCCAGCAAGAAUCCGGUUGCCGGAAUCGUGGUUGAACCGAUUCAGAGCGAAGGUGGCGACAACGAGGCAUCGCCCGAGUUCUUCAGGAGCCUCCAGGCUAUUUGCAAGAAGAACGGCAUCGCACUUCUGAUCGAUGAGGUCCAAACCGGUGGAGGCAGCACUGGAAAAUUCUGGGCCCACGAGCACUUCGAGUUGGAGAGUCCCCCCGAUGUGGUGACCUUCAGCAAGAAGCUGCAGUUGGGUGGCUACUUCCACAACGACGACUUCAUUCCGAAUGAGCCGUACAGGAUCUUCAACACCUGGAUGGGCGAUCCGGGCAAGGUACUCCUGCUCGAGGAAGUCGUGAAGGUCAUCCAGGAGGAGAAGCUCCUGGCCAACGUCGACGUGGCCGGCAAGGUUCUGAAGAACGGAUUGCUGAGCCUGGAGAAGGAAUUCCCGCAUAUCUUGAACUCCACCCGCGGUCGUGGAACCUUCUUGGCAAUCAACUGCACCAACACCAAGGUGCGAGAUCAAAUUAUCGGCGCACUCAAGUUGCACGGCAUUCAGACCGGUGGCUGUGGGGAAAUUUCCAUUAGAUUCCGCCCAGCUUUGAUAUUCAAGGAAUACCAUGCCAACAUCGUCCUCGAUCGCUUCCGCAAGGUUCUUCAAGCUAUUUAAGAAGAAAAAGAUACGAAAAAGAUUUAAUGAUUGUGCUCUGAAAAUUGCAAUGCGUGCAAUAUAAACCAUAUGUUACCGAAAUGAAUAAUAAAGUGAAUUUAUAUUAUCCCUCUGUUA